GCGAACCUUACCGCGACCAUGAAACGCCUGGGCAAGUUCUCGGUUUCAUCAUCGAGUUGAACUGACACUGCCUACCGCUGUGUCAAGCUAUGCAGAUCCGGCGAGCCAUGUCGACGUCGAACUGCAGUAGGAGGCCAGCGGCGGUCUAGUUUGAAUUGAAAGAACUUGGAUUCAAGGCACCCGUGGUCGGAAGCACUGCCCGUGGGGUCGAUGGUGGCCCGUCAGUGGAAGGUGGCCGACGCCUUCCACACAUCCAAUGCAUCCUGCUCUUCGCUCGUCGUGCUUCUGUCUCUUGCAUGGGAAGCUGUGGUCGGUCGCCUACCCCCAGCGGUCCUCUAGCUUUACGUCUUCACACCCGCCUUCCCCUGAGCCCGUCUCACAGCCCGCAUGGACCAUGUUGUAUUUCUGGCUGUGACCACGAAUCGCUGUGCCGUUGCUGCAGCAGCACUGUAUCUCUACGAUACCCUCCUGACGGUCUCCGACAGCAUCGAGCUGAUAUGGCAGCGAAAAAUCUCUGGGGCGAGCAUGCUCUACAUCGUGAACCGUUAUAUUAUGGUUCCGUACCUGGUCUUGGAGCUGGUAGCCCUCGACGAGGAGGACUGCGAGAGUGCAUACGCCAUGUUGCACAUCGUGAACGCCAUCACCUGCAUCCUCUUGAUCGUCUGCGGAGUACUCUCUGCCAUCCGCGUCUACGCGCUCGAGCACUGCGUCUCCGACUGGAAGCUCCCCGCGCUGGUGUCCUCCCUGGUUCUGUUCCAGUUCGGCACGAGCAUCUACACUUACUCACGGACGACGCCGGAAGCCUUGCCUCCGCCCCUGUACUGUGCCAUGCACAGCACAGUCCCAGCCGGCCUUGAUGACGCAGUGAAGAUCCUCACGAGGAUAUUCAACAUCAUCCACGACGCGCUUAUCCUCUUCCUGACCUGGUACAGGACCAGGGGCGGGCUGCUCGACCUCGCGAGGCGGACCGAGGAAGGGGAUAGCGUCGUCACGAGACUGUUGCUGAACGGCGCCAUCUACUUCAUAGUGCACCUGUUCCUCAACCUCGCCGACGCCGUCUUGACCGUCACGAUGAUCUUCGAAAGCACUUCGAUCUUCAACGCCAUUUUCACGCCGCUCAUCCUCUCCCAUUUCUUCUUGAGCAUCCGCAAGGCGCAGUACGCCAACGAGGGAGGAUACGCCGAAGAAAGCAAAGUGUCCGCUCUUGAAUUCGCUUCCUUCGAAGCCGACGACGACAAUUGCGCGAGAAGUGCAUCACGCGAGAGUGAGGAGGAUUGGGACUUGGCCUCGGAGCCUACAGUUAUCUGAGCGCUUCAGUUGGUAGUGUCUCGAGACGGAGCAAGACGAGACGUCAGCGGUAUGGCAUAGCAGCCACAUACAUGCGAGCUGCACAUCCCCGAUACACGGUGCACGCACAUGGGAAGAACGUCAAUAUGCGCGGGUAUACGUCCAUUGCACAUCACCCAGCCCGAAUGAAUAUACGCUACAUCGUCAGAGCCAGACAGCCAUCGAAAGCAUCCUUCACAAGCAUCAGUCCGUCAUCAACACAAGUCCCCUUACCUCGCCCGCACGGCCUGCUAUCGCAGGAUCAGCCGCGUGUUCCCUCUACUCGCACGCGCCCUUCCCCGCGCCGUCGCGCUCGCGCUCGAGCCGUGGCGACCGAGCGAGAGCCCGAGCCCGAGCCCGAGCCCGUCACGCAACUGCG